GUAAACAAAUUCAUGUGACUGUUCUCUACAACAUUCAUUUGCUGUUUGUAGUAGCUCGUGAACAGGAUGAAGUGGACUGCUCCCGUGUUUACGGUUGUAAUAGCGGCCCUUUGUACCAGUCUGUGUGAGGGAAUACUUGGAAACCAUUUUUGGAAGAUUCGAAGACUGGUGGAGACAAGAAGAAUCAAUGGCUUAUCAGAUGGUCAGAUACUUGGAAAACCCAGUUCAGUUUCGGAACUGUUUAUAACCCAGCCGUUGGACCAUUUUGACAGAUUAUCACAGGAGGCUGGAGAAACAUUCCAACAGCGAGUGUUUGUCAAUGAUCAGUUCUAUGAAACACCUAAAGGUCCUGUAUUUCUGUAUAUUGGAGGGGAGGGAACUCUGAAUCCUAUGGCAGCCAAAGCAGGUUUUCCAGCAGAAUUGGCUAAACCCCAUGGUGCUUUGAUUGUGGCAGCUGAGCAUCGUUUCUAUGGAGCGAGUAUCAAUGACGAUGGCCUCAAGUUGGAUUCCCUCCGACAUUUGUCCAGUCAGCAAGCACUAGCUGACCUGGCAGAGGUCCACACCUACAUAUCUCAGAGGUAUAACCUGUCACGGGAUCACCCCUGGGUCUGCUUCGGUGGUAGCUACGCUGGAGCUCUAUCAGCAUGGUUCAGGGUCAAGUACCCCCACCUAGUGGUUGGAGCCCUAGCCUCAUCUGCCCCCGUCAUGGCUCUCACCAACUUUGAGGGUUACAAUGAUGUGGUUGCAGCCAGCUUAGAGUCUUCCAUUGUCGGAGGUACAGAGGAGUGUAUGACCCAGAUCCAGCAAGCGUUUAUCCAGAUUGAUGCCCUGUUGAAGCUUGGUAACCACAAGAUGUUGGAGGGCUACUUCAAGUCGUGUCAACCUGUCACCGACCCCUUAGACAGACUUACGUUUGUAUCGAACCUGGCGUCCAUCAUCCAGGGCGCAGUCCAGUACAACAGGGAAAUACCUGGGUUAGACAUUGAUACGAUAUGUGGAAUAAUGCAGGUGACCAGUGACCCACUUGCGAACCUGGCCUCUCUUAACUUAAAAUUCAUGGAAAUUAUGAAUAUGUCCUGUGAGAACAACUCCUAUACAGAAAGUGUGAGAAUGUUGGCCAACACGACGGUGGACAGGAAGGCACAGGGAGCUGGCAUCCGACAGUGGACCUGGCAGACUUGUACACAGUUCGGAUACUACCAGACAUGUGAUGCCAACACCAGCUGUCCAUUCUCCCACCUAAUAGACCUGACCAGUCAGACCCAGCUCUGCCGCGACUUUUUCAGUAUCUCACCAAAGGACAUUCCAAAGUUUGUGGGCUUCACCAACGAGUACUACGGUGGAAGUAGUCCACGUGGCAGCAAGAUCAUCUUCUCAAACGGUUCCAUUGACCCCUGGCACAAGUUGGGUGUACUGACUGGCCUCAGUGCCACAGAACAGGCGGUGUUUAUAGAGGGCACUGCACAUUGUAAUGACCUGAUGCCUAGUAAACCCAAGGAUCCACCACAAUUAACCGCGGCACGAAGGAAAAUUGCAUCAAUAAUAACAGGAUGGCUAAAAGAUGAACAAAGAGUGUAUUAAUUUUCCUGUAAAUAUAAGCUAGCUUUUAUGGUAUAAAAGGAAGACGAAGCCAGGAUCUUCAACGAAGUCAAAGCUUUUUUACUUAAUAAUUUGUGUACAUUGUACCUUGUGUACCAGUAUCUUUACAUUGUACCUUGUGUAGUACCAGUUUC